CUGCAACUUCUCUGACAUAAAAAACCCUAAUAUUGUAUUUUUAAUAUGAAGAGAAAACAGGAAGGAAAUUGUGCUGUGGGAAUAGACCUUGGCACAACGUAUUCAUGUGUUGCAGUAUGGCAAGAAGAACAUCACCGAGUUGAGAUCAUUCACAAUGAUCAAGGCAAUAGAACUACUCCUUCUUUUGUUGCUUUCACAGAAACUCAGAGAUUGAUCGGUGAUGCUGCUAAGAAUCAAGCUGCUGCCAACCCUCAAAACACCGUCUUUGAUGCUAAGAGGUUAAUCGGUAGAAAGUUUAGUGAUCCUACUGUUCAAGAUGAUAUACUUUUAUGGCCAUUCAAAGUAGUUGCUGGUGUUGACGACAGACCCAUGAUUAUGGUUAAUUACAAGGAUCUGGAAAAGAAACUAUAUGCCGAAGAAGUAUCAUCUAUGGUACUCACCAAAAUGCGAGAGAUUGCUGAGACAUAUUUAGAAUCAAAAGUUAAAAAUGCAGUUGUUACUGUGCCAGCUUAUUUUAAUGAUUCUCAAAGAAAAGCAACUAUAGAUGCCGGUGUUAUUGCUGGCCUCAAUGUUAUGAGGGUAAUGAAUGAACCUAUUGCUGCAGCUGUUGCAUAUGGCCUUGACAAGAGAACUAACUUUGAUGGAGAAAGAAAUAUUUUAGUCUUCGAUCUUGGUGGUGGAACGUUUGAUGUGUCUUUACUAACCAUUAAGGGUAAUGUGUUCAAAGUUAAGGCAACAGCUGGAAACACUCACCUUGGAGGAGAAGACUUUGAUAAUAGAAUGGUGAAAUACUUUGUAGAAGAGUUCAACAGAAAGAACAAAGUGGAUAUUAGUGGAAAUCCGAAAGCUUUGAGGAGGUUGAGAACUGCUUGUGAGAGGGCAAAAAGGUCACUUUCUUUCCUCGUUACCGCCACUAUUGAAGUAGAUUCUUUAUUUCAAGGCAUUGACUUUUCUUCAUCAAUCAAUAGAGCCAAAUUUGAGGAAAUGAAUAUGGACCUUUUUAAUGAUUGUAUGAAGAUUGUUGGAAGUUGUCUAAUGGAUGCUAAGAUGGACAAGAGCAGGAUAGAUGAUGUUGUACUUGUUGGCGGGUCUUCUAGGAUUCCUAAAGUACAGCAGCUAUUACAGGAGUUUUUCAAUGGAAAGGAGUUGUGCAAAAGCAUUAAUCCUGAUGAGGCUGUGGCUUACGGAGCAGCUGUUCAGGCUGCUAUGUUGAGUGUAGACAUUAAGAAUGUUCCAAAGUUGGAGCCGCAGAAUAAUUUACAAUUGGUCCUGCACAAUGUUCCACAGUUGGUGCUGCAGGAUGUUACACCUUUGUCUCUUGGUAUAUCUGAAUUAGGAGAUAUCAUGAAUGUGAUGAUUGCUAGGAACACUUGCAUUCCUAUCAACCAGACAAAACCAUUUGUUACAACUGUAGAUAACCAAUUCAGUACUUUGUUUAAAGUUUAUGAGGGUGAGAGGACAAGAGCCAGUGACAACAAUUUGCUUGCUUCUUUUACUUUUUCUGGCAUUCCCCCAGGUCCUCGCGGCAGCCAUCUCUCAAAUGUUUGUUUUGCUAUUGAUGAAAAUGGUAUUUUGACUGUUUUAGCUAAUAACAAUGCUGCUGGAAUUUCUAAGGCGAUUACAAUAACCAAUCACAAAGAUAGAUUGUCAAGUGAGGAAAUUAAAAAAUUAAUUCAAGAAGCUGAGAAUUACCAAAUUGAAGACAAGAAAUUCCUACGGAAGGCCAAUACACUAAAUGCAUUGGAUAACUACAUUUACAAAAUGAGAACUGCUUUAAAGAAAGAGGAUAUUGAUACAAAGCUCUCCUCAGAAGAAAUUGAGAAGAUCAAAUCUACAAUCGUGGUUACAACAUAUUUGGUUGAUGAGAGUAACCAUGUGGUUGAAAUAGAUGAUUUGGAGCACCAUCUAAAGGAGCUUAAAACUAGCAUGGAACACAUUAUUGCCAAGACUAUUUAGCUUUUUAUUUUAUUUUUCCUAAUUAAGAUUUUAAGUAUUGUCUUGCUGUUUAGUUAAAACAGUUAUGUUAAAUUUCUGGUGGAGAUAUGUUAUAUAAACGAUUCCUUCCAACUUCAGUGUGCUUAA